AUGCAGUUUUCAUUUAUUCUAGGUAUAACAUUAUUAUAUUUAACUUCAUUUACAUUAUCAGAAAAAGAUUUUUAUAAAAUCCUUGGGAUUGAAAAAAGUGCCAGUGAAAGAGAGAUUAAAUCAGCAUUUCGUCAAUUAACUUUAAAAUAUCAUCCAGAUAAAAAUCCAGGAGAUGAAAAAGCUCAUGAUAAAUUUUUAGAAAUUGGAGAAGCUUAUGAAAUUUUAAGUGAUCCUGAAAAGAGACGUAAUUAUGAUCAAUUUGGUGAUCCAAAUGGACAACCACAACAACAUCAUAAUUUUGAUUUUGGAGAUAUGUUUGGCAAUUUCUUUGGUGGACAUCAUCAGCAACAUCAACAAAGACAAGGUGGUAAAAGAAGAGGAGAUAGUUCACAAUUAAGUCUACGUAUUCCUUUGGUUGAUUUUUAUAAUGGAAAAAUUAUUGAAUUUGAUGUUGAAAUGCAAAAUGAAUGUGAAAAAUGUGAUGGUACUGGAUCAAAAGAUAAAGAACGUAAAACUUGUGAAAAAUGUCAUGGUAGUGGACAAAUUACAGUUUCUCAUCAAUUAGCUCCAGGCAUGGUUCAACAAAUUCGUAUGCAAUGUGAUAAAUGUGGAGGUCAUGGUAAAGUUGUUAGUAAUCCUUGUAAUUCAUGUCAUGGUCAUGGUAUUGUUAGAGGUCCAAGACAUUAUGAAAUUUAUGUUAAACCUGGUCAACCAAGAGAUUCUCCUCAUGUAUUAGAAGGUGAAGGUGAUAAGAAUCCAAAUUGGAUCCCUGGAGAUUUGAUUGUAUUAUUAAAUGAAGAAUUUGAUAAAAGUUGGGGUUAUAGAAGAAUUGGUAAUAAUUUGUAUCGUACUGAAGUAUUGACAUUGAACGAAUCAUUACAUGGUGGAUGGGAGAGAACAAUUCAAUUUUUUGAUAUUGAAGAACCUGAAUUAGUAUUGAAAAGAGAUCAUGGUAUUCCUAUAGUAGAUGGACAAAUUGAAGUUAUUCCAGGUAAAGGUAUGCCAAUUGUUGUUGAUCAUGAUGAAGAAGAAAAAUACGGGGAUUUAUUCAUUGAAUAUAAAGUGAUUAUUCCUGGCGGUAUACAAACUGAAAAAAUCAUUGAAAAGGAUGAAUUGUAA